CUAUGUCGGUGUUUCAACAACGCGUUACUCACAGUGAGCCGGUAGAGAGUUGAUCUAGUGUCUGUAAAGAGCAGCAGACUGUGAAUAGUGUAGAAGGAGAGCGGCCUGUAGUUACUGAGGUUAGCAGGAACAAGCUAGCAUUGAAGGAGACUCUCUGAUCUGACAGGACGUUAGCAUAGUUAACAUCCAGGAUAACACAGAUCUGACCUGAUCUAUACUUACAGGAAAGUCAAUCAUGCCGUUUGUGGACCUUCAGUCGCGGCUGGGCGUCAACAUGGACGGCUGGCUGCUGCUGCAGAGCGGACAGCAGCCCCACAAGAGGGCGUCGCGCUGCCACGCCUUUGAGAAGGAGUGGAUUGAAUGUUCCCACGGCAUCGGGCAGACCCGCGCCAAGAAGGAGUGCCAGCUGGAGUUUGAGGACUUCUACGAGUGCAUGCACAGGCAGAAGACACACCAGAGGCUGCAUGCGAUCCGUCAACAGCGUGACAAGAUGGUGAAGGAAGGGACCUACACACCGCCACCCUGCCACUCCGGCAAGGAAGACCAGUCACCAUGAGGGAACGCGCAACUGUCCGCAGUUCUGUUCUUGUUUAUAGUAAAUCAGAUAUCGCUAUUUCCUGUUCCUCUGUACAAAUAAAUGUUAUCAUGGAAUAUC